UUGGGUUAACCUUUUCAAUAUAAAUCCCAACACAAAGAUCUGAAUCUCAGCAUCCAUAUCUAAUCUCUAUCCCUCUGCCUCAGGUAGCUCCUUCCUUCUCACGCUUUCAGACACACCCACAUGCUCAGAGCAAGAAACAACCUCAGAUCCAUCGCUCACAACAACGUUUGAUUCUGUCGCGUGUUCGAUUCGGUUGAGUUCCGAGAAUUCGCAGAGAGAGCCCUUCUAGGCUCUGGGAUAUGUACCAUACGCCAUUCGUUCUUCUGAUCUUCGGCGGCGAGAAGGUUCAAGAGAUCCAGUGGGAGAAGGAACGAUAAAUAAUAAUCAUAAUAUUAUUGAUAGUAAUAAUAAUAUUCCUAUUUCACCCUCACAAAAUUUCCCAUCGUCAUUCCAUUUUCUCAUUUGUUCUCAACCUCUUGUAAUACUACAACAAUCACCAACCAAGACUCUAGUAGUGUAGGAGGAUCAUGGCUGGGAAGGUUUUGAAAGAGUCCAAGUCAUUGACGGCGGCGGAAGCGGCGGGGGCGGCAGCGGAGAUGGAGACUGCGGCGGUGUCAUCGGUGAAGUGCUGCUGCUGCGGUUUGGUGGAGGAGUGCACGCAGGCGUACAUAGGGCGCGUGAGGGAGAGGUAUGGGGGGCGUUGGAUUUGUGGUCUUUGCGCUGAGGCAGUGAAGGAAGAGAGGGAGAGAGAGAAGAUAGUGAUAACCAUGGACGAGGCUCUUAAGCGACACAUGAGGUUCUGCCAACAGUUCAACUCCUCCACCCCUCCGAACAACACCAACGAUGAUUUCAUCCUCGCCGUCAAGCAGAUCCUGUUCCGCACCUUGGACUCUCCCACCAAAGAUCGUUUCAUUUGUCGCCCACUUGGUAGAUCUCACAGCUGCUUCUCCACCAUGCAAGGGGCUGAGACUGAGUGAUUCAUCCUUCAUCUAUCAUCACAAAACUUGCAUACAAUUUUAUGUUUUAUUCUUAGUCUAAAUGGAGUUUGAGUUUUACUUCCCUUAAGGUUUUAUUUUUUGUUUAUCAUCAUGUUUAUGCAGUAGCUCAAUGCUCUUACAAGCCAUGACUUUCGUUCAUCAAAUAAUAUUUUAAUAUUAAUUAAAAUUCA